AUGUCUAGGACAGUUUUUGCUAACGUAUCUUUAACCAAACAGGGCGGUAAGAACCGUCGUCGUGGAAAGAACGAGAACGACAACGAGAAGCGUGAGCUUGUCUUCAAGGAAGAAGGUCAGGAGUAUGCGCAGGUCGUGAAGAUGCUCGGUAACGGCCGUCUCGAGGCACUCUGCUUCGAUGGCGAGAAGCGUCUCGCUCACAUCCGUGGCAAGCUCCGCAAGAAGGUCUGGAUCAACCAGGGUGACAUUAUCCUUCUCUCGCUGCGUGACUACCAAGACGAAAAGGGCGACGUCAUCAUGAAGUACACCGCCGAUGAGGCCAGAAGUCUCAAGGCCUACGGCGAGUUGCCCGAACACGCCAAGAUCAACGAGACCGACACCUACGGCCACGAGGGCUUCGAGGACAACGUCGAGUUCGACGAGGACCGCGAGAGCGAAGACGAGAAGGAGAUCGAUGUCGACGAGCUCUAA